GGAGCCGGCACCACCGUCAGCUCGCGGUCUCCAAGGGUCCGCCCGAGGAGGCCGAGGCUGCGGACGCCGGCGCACAGGCCAUGGCCUCCCCCGGGCUGCCAGAGCCUCCCGCCGAGGGCUCGCCCUGGCCUCUGCGCCUGCUGCGCGCGCCUCCCGGGCUGCUGCGGCUGGACCCCACCGGCGGCGCGCUGUUGCUGCUCAGCCUCGCGGCGCUGCUCGGCUGGCGGUGGUGGCACCGGGCGCGGGGCAUCCCCCCUGGGCCCACGCCCUGGCCCGUGGUUGGCAACUUCGGCUUCGUGCUGCUUCCUCGGUUCCUCCGACGGAAGAGCUGGCUGCACCGCCGGGAGAGGGCCGCGGGAAUGGAGCCCUCGGCCCUGGACCCGCGGGUGCUUCUGGCCGACCUGGCCCGCGUGUACGGCAACGUCUUCAGCUUCUUCAUCGGCCACUACCUGGUGGUGGUCCUCAGCGACUUCCACAGCGUGCGCGAGGCGCUGGUGCAGCAGGCCGAGAUCUUUAGCGACCGCCCGCGGGUGCCGCUCGUCUCCCUCGUAACCAAGGAGAAGGGGAUUGUAUUCGCACAUUACGGUCCUGUCUGGAGACAACAGAGGAAGUUCUCACAUUCAACUCUUCGUCAUUUUGGCUUGGGAAAGCUGAGCUUGGAGCCCAAGAUUAUUGAAGAGUUUAAAUAUGUGAAAGAGGAAAUGCAGAAGCAUGGAGAAGACCCCUUCGACCCUUUCCCCAUUAUCAACAAUGCCGUCUCUAACAUCAUUUGCUCCCUGUGCUUUGGCCAGCGCUUUGACUACACCAAUAGUGAGUUUAAGAAAAUGCUCCAUCUUAUGUCACGAGCCUUAGAAAUCUGUCUGAACACCCAGCUCCUCCUGGUCAACAUAUGCUCCUGGCUUUAUUAUCUUCCCUUUGGACCAUUUAAGGAAUUUAGACAAAUCGAAAAGGAUAUUACCACUUUCCUUAAAAAAAUCAUCAAAGACCAUCGAGAGUCUCUGGAUGUAGAGAACCCUCAGGACUUCAUAGACAUGUACCUUCUCCACGUGGAGGAGGAGAGAAAAAAUAACAGCAAUAGUAGCUUUAAUGAAGAUUACUUAUUUUAUAUCAUUGGUGAUCUCUUCAUUGCUGGAACUGAUACCACAACUAACUCCUUGCUUUGGUGCCUUCUGUAUAUGUCACUGAAUCCCGAUGUACAAGAAAAGGUUCAGGAAGAAAUUGAAAGGGUCAUUGGUGCUGACAGAGUCCCUUCCCUCACUGACAAGGCCCAGAUGCCCUACACGGAAGCCACCAUCAUGGAGGUCCAGAGGCUGACGGUGGUGGUGCCGCUUGCCAUUCCUCACAUGACCUCGGAGAAAACAGUGCUCCAAGGAUAUACUAUUCCUAAAGGCACAGUGAUAUUACCCAACUUGUGGUCAGUACACAGAGACCCAGCCAUUUGGGACAAACCAGAUGAUUUCUACCCUAAUCGAUUUCUGGAUGAUCAAGGACAACUUUUUAAAAAAGAAACAUUUAUUCCUUUUGGGAUAGGGAAGCGGGUGUGUAUGGGAGAACAACUGGCCAAGAUGGAAUUAUUUCUGAUGUUCGUGAGCCUAAUGCAGAGUUUCACAUUUGCUUUACCCAAGAAUUCUAAGAAGCCCAUCCUGACUGGAAGAUAUGGUUUAACUGUAGCCCCACACCCAUUUAAUAUAAUCAUUUCAAAGAGAUAAAGAACACAUCCAAGAAGAGAAUGUAGGGGCGCCUGGGUGGCUCAGUCGUUAAGCGCCUGCCUUCGGCUCAGGUCAUGAUCCCGGGGUCCUGGGAUCGAGCCCCGCAUCGGGCUCCCUGCUCCGCGGGAGGCCUGCUUCUCCCUCUCCCACUCCCCCUGCUUGUGUUCCCUCUCUCGCUGUCUCUCUCUCUGUCAAAUAAAUAAAUAAAUUCUUUAAAAAAAAAAAAAAGAAGAAGAGAAUGUAAAUACAUUUCUUCCUCAACAGAUUCUUCCUUCUGCAGUUGACGGCAGACCCAGCAACGCAGUGGCCCCAGGGUAGGCUCAGAUGAGAGGGAGACCAGAACGUGGGUAGAGCUUGCAUCAUGGAAGAUUCCUCAGCAGGACACUUCCCGUCACUUUAGUGACGCCCGUCUGUGACUUAGGGGAUGGGGACCCGAGUGCCGGCUCGGGACGCAGGAGAUCUGGAUUUUAUCCCCUGGGGCUUCCACCAGUGAACAUUCCUCCUCAUCACUGAGUGCCUCAGUCAUUCCCUGUGUCAAAUGAGUUUAAGAAAACGUGCCUUCUCUCCUCUCUCAGCACUAAGGAAGGUCAAAUGCCGCAUGUCUUUCCUGACAUCACCAAAACACUGUUAAGUACUGAAGAAGCCGAAGGAAGACCCACCAGCUCAAGACCUAUGACAGCACAAAAGUGGGGUUCCGACUUGAAUACUUUGCCAAAGAAAGAUGUGGGUUUCGGUCAUGAUGAGUUAGAGCUUUUCUCUGCAUAGAUCCUAUGUUGGUCUUGGGAGGGGGGAGGCUUGUUCUGUAGCUGUUAUCUUCUCGUUUGUGAUUUAGUUUUUUGCAUUUUGUAGACACAAAUUCAAGUGCCCUUGUCAGGUAUGGAGAGGAAAGGCUGUUUGGAUGUGUCUGUCUGCCUUCUGUUUCAACUACAGCAACAGUGAGGCUUGGCUGAAGAAGUGGCUUCAUGGCUUCACAGCUCGGAGUUCCUGUCUGCUGAGCUGCUUGCAGAGAUCUAGCUCUGCCUUUCGACUUGAGCCCUGAACGGUGAGCUUGGGAAUUCUGAUACUGGGAUUCCUCAGGGAAGGAUUCAGACUGUGGUUCUCUCUCUUGCACCGGGCUCCGGGCUGCGGAUGUCUCUCACCUUAGUACCUCUCAGAGACACAGAGGCAUUCUUAAUCUUGUUAAGAGACCUACAUCGUUCCUUAAUAAAGACGGUCCCUUCAGAAGAGCAGUUCUCAAAAAAGGCACUGACCCCUUUCAGGGGGUAUUUAGAAAUGUGUAAGUGCAUCUUUGGUUAUCACAAUGAUAAGGGAGCUAUUGGCCUUCUGCUGCGUGCGGCCAGGAGGCUAAGUGUCUGAGCAGACCUGUACCCAGAGGAAUAACCCUGCCUACUACUCUGCCAGUAUUUCCCCCAAUGAGGGCAUGCUCCAAAGAAUGACCAGCCUUCUCCUGGAUUCUCCCAUAGUGCUCCUGAUAGACAAGUAACCACGAUAAUAAGAUGCGCACCCACAGUUUUGAGCCUUCCCUCCUGCGGGCACCAUACUUAGUGUUUGCCUUGUAUGCCUACAUCGUUCUUACAGAAACUCUAUUAAGAAGACGUUAUUUUGUAGCUGCCAGAGCUGAGCGUCAGGGAAGUGAAGGUACUUAGGUAGAAGGUCCCAUUCAUUUCAGACCUACCAGUCCUUGUGACUGGAGUGUUCUCUCCUUACCACUGCCCUGUAUUGCUGUCACCUGAUCCCAUGGGAGUCUACUCGGCGUUUUCAGUGCAGAUGGAUGAGGUACAGGCAGAUCUCUAGGUGCCCUUGAGGACUUUUGUCAACUAAAAAAAAAAACAAAAACAUAAAACCAAACCAAAUAAACUAACUGCCCAGGAAUUGUGAGCAAAUGGAGUGGUGGUCUAGAUUUGUGAUGAGGUGAUGGUGUGUGGUUACACUGUACCUUGAGCAGGACAGUUUGUUCCUCAUCUGGAAUUUUAUAUGCUUUUGAAUUGCCCUAAUAAUUUGGCAUUAGCAAGUUUAUUACUCCUUAAUUUAUACAUACAUUUUCAACAUUCCUAACCAAGCAGUUUGUAGCUUACUUGAAAAAAACAAACAAACCUGUUCUGUGAGAUUCUGUUGAAAUCAGAUGUUCAUUAAACUCUUAAAUAUAAUGCCUCAGACUGUAGCACUUUAAAAACAUCUUUAUAUGGUAAGUCACUGAAAGGACUGUUAAUGCCUUACUUGUAUAUGUUGGCAUUUUAUGAUUUUGUACCUUAUGAUUUAUUUGAAGUGUAAAAAUAAUAGUACUUUGUUUUAUAUAUCUUCCUAAUGCCUAAUUUUUAAUCCUCAUCUUUAGCAUAAUUUUUGGUGCUUUUAUUAAA